UCAUACAUUUACGUACCACCACUUUCUGAGGAAGCAUGUUGUCUUUAAUUUCAUUCAUGGCGUAAUCGACUUUCUUUUCAAUAAUCAGUCACCAUAUUUGGAUACUAGAAUCAGAUCACAGGUCAUUUCCAAGCUGCUCCGUCGUACUAGGAUAUAUAGCCUUAAUGGAUAUAACUCCAAGCGCAAUCUUUUCGGACUUCACUAUUGGGCACUGCAUCUCACUCUCUGUGUUGCUGUGAUAUUGACAAUGUCUGGGGAUUCAAUACGUGGAUGGUUUAGGAUGUUUCUGCCUCUUACUCUGAUAUGGAUUCUUUCAUCUACAACAGUUGAAUGUCAGGUGUGUUCUACAUCAGGGUUGAAUGUGUUUGGUGGCUAUUGUUAUGUCUUCUACCGUGGUACUGGCAAGACAUUCUCUGAAACACGUGCAUACUGUCAAAGCUUAGGUGGUGACAUGCCAAUCAUUACAUCAGUUGAACAAAAUGAUUUCAUUGCCAAUACCAUGAGUUUUGAGGAGGGUAACGGCCGCUAUUACAUCGGCUUAGAAAAGAUGGAUGAUGGUACAUACAGAUGGAUUGAUGGAACGGCCCUAGCUGGGUAUAAAAACUGGGAUUAUUCACAUCUUUACGAGAGGCCUGACCUACCACCUUACUGUGCUGUGAUGAGAUCUCGGAGCGGUGACACAAUACAUGGACUAUGGUACCUAGUAACGUGCACAUCAACAAGACGACCUAUCUGCCAAAUACCUAGCGGUAUACCUAUCGGUAUGCCUAUCGUACCCACACCAUCCUUGUCACCGAGUGUCUCUUCUCCACCCAAAACAAAUUCAACUGGAGUCCCUUCAGGUCCAACAGCAACUGUCGUAGGAAGCACUGUCUCUUCUCCACCCAAAUCAAAUCCAACUGGAGUCCCUUCAGGUCCAACAGCAACUGUCGUAGGAAGCGCUGUUGGUGCUAUUGUUGUGAUUGUUAUCGUUAUUAUUCUCAUCAUCUUUUACAAGCGAAGAAGCGAUGAAUCAGCCACUACUUCGUCUCCUCAGGUUGAGAACCCUGUAUUUGAUCAGUCAGAGACAAACGUCCAUACCUACCUAGACCCGGAUACCGCUUCUCAGAGCUACGCGUAUCCUACCAACCAUCAUAUCUACCAAGAUACUAUAUAAACCGAUAAACUAUCAUGGCUUCCUUUUCUUUGUCCUGUGCUCAUCUUUCUUCGUUUUCAUUUGCCUUGACUACUCGCUUUACUCCUAAAUCUUUUUAUACCGGGGAUCAGUUGAAAUAUUUCCUUUUGAAAUACCAUGAUUUGCACAUGUAUGACAAAUGUGGGUAAAAAUAGUAGACCUUAGGUCCCACCACUACAUGAAAGUCAGGGUAUGGGAUUAGUUUCUCUACAUGAAUAUAUACAGUGUAUAUAUAUAUAUAUCUACAUAAUUAUAUAUUCAUCUUCCUUCAUUGAAGUUUGCUAUACACUGUCAUUUUCUGAAUAAUGUGAAUGAUGUAUAAGAAAAGCAUGAAUCUUACAUCAUGGAGCAACAAAACGUUAUUCUAUUUUCUUUUUCUUUUUUUUUCUUUCAUUUUUCUAUCUGCUGAGGUAUCUGAAAACGAAAUAUAUAAUAUGUUUUGAAUGAUUCAAUGCAGAUGCAAAUAGAAGGGAACAAUAUUGAGCCAUGUAUAUGCACGUAUGCAAUAAAGUACGAAGGCAUAUUCCAUAUCAUGUUAAUCGUGUUUUGAGAUAUCAAUAGGAAAAUACAAUGUUCUACUGUACUUGUUGUUUGUAUUGAUUAUUAGUGUUAUUGCCUGGUAUUGGUGGUGGAAAGCAUUAUUACCAUAUUUUUGGACGAUAAUUAAUAUAUUACCGAUUGUUAUUAUUAUAUCAUUAUUAUUAUUAUUAUUAUUAUUAUUAUUACUUUUAUUAUUACUAGUACUAUUACUAUACUAAGACUACUAAGUAAGCAGUGGAAUUCAAGUUGAUUAAUAGGUCAACGAUAAAUGGUGAAUAUAAACAUAGACUAUGCAUAAUAACAUAAACAUGAAAUCAUUGUAAUAUAUGUGGGAAGGAUGUUUAGGUUAACGUUAAAUAGUAGAAUUAGAAGUUAAUUAAUAGAGUUAGAUGAUGCAAUCCAAGUGAACAUUUAUAUAUGACCAUAUGAAAAAUGACUUUAGCGAUUUAAAGCAAAUUUGGGCAUACACCCGUUGAAAUUGAUAGGUUAAAUAUAUAUAUCAGGGGGGUUACGAUAUUGAAGAUUAUUUGUUUCAAUAAGUGAACACUUAUACAAUCAUGGCCACUAGAUUUUGUAGAAUUUAGGUGUUAAACCACAUGUAUAACUUCAUAAACAUUGGUUGGAGUAAGAAAUAAGGAAUUUUCACGUGGGAAAUUCAAGGACUUACUGUAGUCCAUGUCACCUGAAUCAAUAUUAGUUGCUAAAUUAGGGCCUACAUCUAUAUAGUACUCAUUAAAAGCUUUUGAAAUUUUAA